AACAAAGGCAUAGGAAGAGCAAUUGUGCGCAAUCUUGCUAUCGAAUAUACCAAAUCGAUCUAUCCACAAACCACACCAAAGCUUGUAAUCUAUCUUACUUCCCGAGAUGUUUCUAAAGGCGUGGCCGCACUGGCUGAGGUUACCGGUGAACUAAAAAAUAAGGAAGUGCUGGAGGCCGAAGGUGGAGCAGCAGAGAUUAGAUUCGGUAUAUUAGAUGUUACGGACAGUACAAGUGUGAAAAACUUUAAAGAAACUAUUCGGAAUGUGUGUGGUGAAGUGGAUAUCUUGAUUAAUAACGCCGCUCUUGGGACCGAAUUUCAAGGGGAACCAUUUAGCUACGAAGUUGUUGAAAAGACUCUUAAAACUAAUUACUUUGGGCUAAAGAAGAUGACCGAAUCGUUUCUUCCAAUAAUAAAAAAUCCUGGAGGUAGAAUAAUUAAUCUUUCUAGCGGGCUUGGGAGACUUACUGUGCUUCCAUCAGAAUCAUUGAGAAACCAGUUUUCAAGUCAGGAUUUGACCAAAGAACAGUUAGAUAGGCUUGUGAAUAAGUUUCAAGAUGAUGUUCGAGCUGGUGUAUAUGCUGAAGAAGGAUGGCCGACAUCAGGCAUGAAUAACGCCUUUAAUAUAUUUUAUAAUCAAGGAUCCAUUGCUUACAAUGUAUCCAAAGCUGCUGUUAUUGCAUAUACGAAAGUACUGGCGAGACGACUGGAUAAAGAGGGAAUAAAGGUCAACACGCACGUAGUUGAUCCUGGUUGGGUCAGAACUGAUAUGGGUGGCCCAAAUGCCUCUAUUUCUGCUGAUCAAGGAGCCGAGACACCAGUUUAUCUUGCUCUUACUAAAGAUAGAGACAUAGAGAUUAAUGGGCAAUUCUGGCAUAGAAAGAAGCCAGUCGCGUGGUAA